AUGGGCCAUAAAAGGAACGUGCAGCAAUUGGCUCUACAGCCCAAUAAGGGGUUGGAAUCUUCUGAUACCGAGGCUGAAAAAUUGCACUGUUCCCAUGAAAGCACAGGCUGUGUUCAGGUGACGAUCAAAAGUACUAGCAGCCCCAAUUGCCGACAUAGUCAAAGCAAACCUAUGGUAUUGUCUGAUAAUCUGAAAGUCAUUGAACCAAUAUCCCGUCAUAGAAGAAAUAAUUCCCUACAUAAUUUAACAGUCCCUGAGAUCGUUAGCCCACUGGAGCAAACGGUCAUCAAAGAAGGAUAUCUUCAAAAAGCUAAAAUUGCAGAUGAAGGCAAAAAUUUAAGCUAUUGGCAGAAUCUGUAUGACAAAAUCCUCUGUAAAAUCACAUCUGUAAAGUUUGUUGAAGGGCUGCCUGAAACCCUAAAUGAUGAUCAACUGCUCCCCGCUAAUAAAACCUUCGUCCCCUCCCCAUUGCCCAGCUUCUCCAAAGUUGCUGUUUUUCCUUUGGAGACAGACGUACAGAAAACAGGGUAUAAGCCUGAAUGGAUGGACUUGCAUGGAGCUCGCAUUGAAUGGACCACAGAGAACUCCAGAAGAAAGAAAGUUUUCCAGAUCUCAACAGCAUCAGGAAAUGAGUUCCUCCUUCAGUUAGAUACAGAAUUCAUCAUACUGGAAAGGUUCUUUGCUAUCAAAAAUGUAAUUGAAAAAGUGGUAUGUAAAAGGCAUGUCACAUCAAGGACCAAGGAGUUCAGAAUUCAAAUAUCUUCAAGUUUUGAAUUGCUGAGCAGUUUGGAGAGUCAAAGCCAGAAAUCAGAAGAUAUUUAAGCAAGGAGCUUGAUUUUCGGACUGAACCAUAGUAUUUCUGACAAAACGGAUAGAAACCAAAUGAAAAGCAGAUUAAAGAAGUUUAUCACUCGAAGACGGUGACUGAAAUAUUUGAAAGAAAAGGGCUUUGUUAAAGGAACUCAUGUGUGUGCGUGUGAACACAAUGGCUCCAUGGUCCCACAGUUUGUGAAAUUGUGCAUAAAGGUUUAAAAACAUGGUCUGGAUGUUGAUGGACUAUGCAGAGUCAGCGGCAAUCUGGCAAUGAUACAGAAGUUGCGAUUUGUUGUCAAUCAGGAAGAGAAGCUGAAUUUGGACGACAGCCAGUGGGAGGACAUCUACGUUGUCACUGGAGCACUCAAGAUGUUUUUCAGAAAGCUGCCUGAACCACUGUUCCCACACUGCUUCUUUGAGCAGUUUGUGAAAGCAAUAAAAAUCCAAGGCAGUGACAAUAGCGUGAAAAUCAUAAAGGACCUUGUACAGAAGCUCCCCCAGACAGAAGAAGACAACAUGAAAAUACUAUUUGGACACCUAAAAGGGGUAGCAAUGAAAGAAAGUAUGAACCUUAUGUCUCCUCAAAGUUUAGGAGUAAUUUUCAGACUGACACUCCUUCAACCUGAACAGGGGACUGGGGUCACGGGAAUUCAUAUGGUGUACAAAAACCAGACUGUGACGCUAAUGGUAAAUGAGUUCACAAAGAUCUUCAGCUCUGAAGACUGA